AUGGAGGAACAACACGACACUAUGGGACGUUCAGGCCCAAAGAGAAGACCAACUUUAACUCGUCGCAUGACUGUUGAGGAAGAACACUCCGGAGUUUAUUUUAGGCAAGAGCAGAAGGUCGAAGAUGCCCCUGCAGCUACCCAUUUGGAGCAUCUUUGCCGCCUUGACAUCCGGGAACCACCUCAUCUUGUACGAAAGACUGGAAUCAUAUGUACCAUUGGACCUGCUUGUCGCAGUGUUGACAUGCUCCAACAGAUGAUUCAAAAUGGUAUGAAUAUCGCUCGUAUGAACUUUUCACACGGAUCUCAUGAAUACCAUGCAGAGACUAUUGCUAAUGUCAGAGCAGCAGCUGAAUCUUUCUCAGACGUUCGAAUGAUCGGUAUCGCUCUUGAUACUAAAGGACCAGAGAUCCGUACCGGACUUUUGGCUGGUGGAGCCUCUGCUGAGGUUGAACUUGUUAAAGGAAACUCGAUUCGUUUGACAACUGAUAAUCACUUCGAAAGCUCGGGAACCGCUGUUAAUCUCUAUGUCGAUUAUAAGAAUAUUGGCAAGGUAGUCAAGCCUGGAAAUCGUAUUUAUAUUGACGAUGGUUUGAUUUCUUUGAUUGCUGAGGAAGUUUUGGAAGGAGCCAUCGUUUGUACAGUUGAAAAUGGUGGAAGUCUUGGAAGCAGAAAAGGAGUCAAUCUUCCUGGAACAAUCGUAGACUUGCCAGCUGUCUCGGAAAAAGACAUCAAGGAUUUGCGUUUCGGAGUAGAACAGAAUGUUGACAUGAUUUUUGCUUCUUUCAUCCGUAAUGCCGACGGUAUUAGAACUAUUCGUCGUGUUUUGGGAGAGGAAGGAAAACACAUCAAGAUCAUUGCUAAGAUUGAAAACCAAGAAGGAGUUGAUAAAGCUGAUGAGAUUAUUGCUGAAUCCGAUGGUGUCAUGGUUGCCCGUGGAGAUCUCGGAAUUGAAAUUCCAUCUGAAAAAGUAUUUUUAGCUCAAAAGAUGCUUAUCUCCAAGUGUAAUCGUGCUGGAAAGCCUGUGAUCUGCGCUACUCAAAUGUUGGAGUCUAUGGUUAAGAAACCACGUCCUACUCGUGCGGAAGGAAGUGACGUUGCCAAUGCUGUUCUUGAUGGCGCUGACUGUGUUAUGCUCUCAGGAGAAACUGCUAAAGGUGAUUACCCACUAGAGGCUCUCAAAAUUAUGCACUAUAUCUGCAAGGAAGCUGAAGCAGCUGUCUAUCAUCGCAAGUUCUUCGAAGAGCUUCUUUUGAAUACUCCCAAACCAACUGAUAUGACCCACACGAUCGCUAUUGCUGCCACCAGUGCUGCUACGAGUUGUCAUGCUUCGGCUAUUCUUGUGAUUACCACUACUGGACGUUCCGCCAUCCAUUGCUCACGCUACAAAAGCCCAGUACCUAUCAUCACCAUUUCUAGAAAUGCCGCAGUUUGUCGUCAACUUCAUCUCUUCAGAGGAGUUUUCCCAAUUCAUUAUGAUGCUGAGAGAAAUGCUGAUUGGCCUAGCGAUGUUGAUAACAGAAUUAAUCAUGGUAUUGCUGUCGGAAAGGAAAGAGGAUUCAUUCAUAAGGGAGACUUCCUUGUUGUUGUUACUGGUUGGAGACAAGGAGCCGGUUUUACAAACACUGUCAGAAUCAUCACUGCUGCCUAA